AUGGAUUAAGAUUAAUCAAUCAAAUUGGAGGAUAUUCAAUAUACAAAUUUCACAGAUUACAGUUAAAUACCUAAAAUAAUUCCUAUGAUUGAUGCUGAAUUAUCAGAGCCAUAUUCCAUUUACACUUACAGAUAUUUCCUUUAUGGAUGGCCUGAUUUGUCCAUUUUUGCCUAUUAUAACAAUGAAAUAAUUGGGGUUGUAAUAGGAAAACUCGAUAAGCAUAAUAAAUCAGGCAGAAAUCGGGGUUACAUAGCUAUGAUUGUGGUAGAGAAGAAAUAUAGGCGUCUAAAAAUAGGGAGAAUUUUAGCAUAAAAAUUUAUUGACAGAAUAAAAGAAAAAGGUGGUGAUGAAAUUGUAUUAGAAACGGAAUAGACAAAUCACGCUGCAUUGAGAUUGUAUGAAUCCUUGGGUUUUGCUAAGAUGAAAAGAAUGUAAAACUAUUACAUGUCUGGUAAUGAUGCAUUUCGUUUGAAAUUAUUCCUUGUAGACCCUGCAGAUCCUCAUUAGAAAAAUGAAUGAAAAAUAAUAUAUUUGUUAAAGUUUAAUUAAACUAACAUAUACUCAUAUAAA